GAGCGGGGAUACAGCAUAUGAUACCACUUGAGUUGCACACAAGCAUGAACAUGUCAUAAAGAGGGGCGUAUCCCAGUGUUGAGUUGCAGUUUUUCUGCAGCGCAUUUGUAUUGUCAACAAAAUGGCUUCCUCAGCUGCUCAACUUACGGCUGAACGUGCUCAAACUGCUCCUGAUGUACCUAGAGUACUAGAAGCAGAGAGCUCGGGUCAUAGUCUAACAGCUCAACAGCACGGCCGUCGAUAUCAUGCAUUCCACGAAGGUGCAUACUUAGUGCCAAACGAUGAUGAAGAGCAGAACCGUAUGGAUCUGGUUCAUCAUAUCUACAGUCUUCUUCUUGGCGGAAAGCUUCAUACUGCACCAAUUGGUGACAGUCCUCAACGUGUCCUAGAUCUAGGCACAGGUACUGGCAUCUGGGCUAUAGAUUUCGCAGAGGUUCCUGCCAACUGCGUUUUUGAAGUCGAUGACUUUGAAGAUCCAUGGGUUUACAAGAAGCCGUUUGACUACAUCCAUGCCCGAGAACUUGAAGGAUGCAUCGGCAAUGAGCAGCAGUUCUUUGAUCGUGCGUUCGAGAACCUCAACAGUGGCGGUUAUCUCGAACUUCAAGCCCAGCGUGGGUUCUUCAUGUCAGACGAUGACUCGAUCAAGAAGGCCGUGAACGCAGAGGUCUGGGCCGAAGCGGUACGCGAGAGUAGCACUAAAUUUGGAAAGCCUAUCGACUGCGCCAUGGACUGGAAAGAAAAGGUGAUCAAGGCGGGUUUCGUGGAUGUUCAUGAAGAGGUUCGCAAGAUCCCAAUUGGUGCAUGGCCUAAAGACCCUGUUCUGAAGGAGGUCGGCAAAUGCCAGGUCGUUCAAUCAUGUGCAGCCAUUGACUCAUACACGCCAAUGCUUCUGGAAAAGGUCCUUGGAUGGGGCAAGGAGGAAACUCAGGUGCUCAUGGCGAAGGCUAAAGGGGAGCUUCGUAAUCCCUCUAUUCAUUUGUAUCUUCCUGUCUACUUCAUCUGGGGGAGAAAGCCAUAGAAGUCUGAUCUCUGGUUGUCAGUAAUACAGAGGAGAUAAAUUCGAAUGGUACGGG